CUCAUCUUCCGGUGCUACUUGACAUAUCAAUUACCUUGUCGGCUUUGAACUGAUUCAGUUGUUAGCAAUAUGGCGGAACAGGAAUCCCAAGUGCAUCGCCAUGCUGAUGCAGAUGGCCACUUCCGACGCAAGGAUUCCGCCUUCCGCUCUACCGUAUCAUCAGAUCCUGAUGCAGAAUUCCCUGCUGAAAGGGAUCGUUAUGUUCUAUACUUGAACUACGGGUGUCCGUGGGCGCACCGGACCAACCUGGUUCGAUCUCUCAAGGGCCUAGAGGACAUCAUCCAGCUCGUCGUUCUGGACCCUGAGCUGGGCCCCGAAGGUUGGUUUUUCUCUGGCCGAUGGGGAUCCGCAGAAAAAGAUCCCUUGUAUGGUUUCACAAAAUUGAGCCAAUUCUAUUUCAAGGCGCAGCCGGACUAUGAAGAACGCUAUACCGUUCCGAUGCUUUGGGAUAAGAGGAAGGAAACGAUCGUGAACAACGAGAGUGGCGAGAUCAUCAGGAUGCUUUACACAGAGUUCGACCAUCUUCUGCCGGAGGAGCUGCGUGAGGCCAACCGGCCUGGCGGAGGAUUCUACCCGGCACAUCUGAGGUCAGAGAUUGACGCAAUGAAUGAGUGGGUGUAUCACAAGAUUAACAAUGGAGUGUACAAAACCGGAUUCGCCACAACGCAGGAGGCUUAUGACGCGAAUGUGUAUCCACUGUUCGAGGCGCUGGACCGCGUUGAGCAGCACCUGGCACAGCCAGGCCAUCAACCAUACCUGUUUGGGGAGAAUAUCACGGAGGCGGACAUCCGACUGUACACGACCAUUUGUCGGUUCGAUGUAGCCUACUACCUGAUCUUCCGCUGCAACCUGAAGAUGAUCCGACAUGAUUAUCCGCUGCUCGACCGUUGGUAUAGACGACUGUACCAUGAUGAAACGCAGCGUACCCGAGGCGGAGCAUUCAAGAAGACCACUUUCUUCGGCAUAUACAAGUUCAACUAUCUGAAGGCGCUAGGAAAGCGAUCGGGCAGUACUCAGACGAUCAUCCCGGCUGGUCCAUUCCCGGACAUCCUGCCCUUCGAGGCGUAGUGGAUAGUAAUGAUCACCAGUGGCGCGUGGAUAGAUUUGCGCGGAUAUCGGGCAUCGCUGUUCGGCAUCACAGGGUUUCGAUGUUACCAUACCCUGCGUUGCUUGAGAAAUGUGGAUUAAAAGGGAUUAUUGGGCGCACAGAGCCUGUCCUGGUUCCCGGUUUUGCUCGUCCGUUCCUUAGCUUAAGGAGAGGCGAAGGACAAAAUACACGACCAAGCUUCCCAUGAAUUGCUUUACACAACAGCCACUCUGUCAAAACAGGCGAC